CUCCCUGUCCCGGAGGCCUCGAGCCGGCCUCACCGCGCCGGCGUCGCGCGCGAGCCCGGCUUCUGCGUUCGGACCCCCCGCGAGCAGGAAAAUAUGGCUCAGGAGACUAACCAGACUCCGGGGCCUAUGCUGUGUAGCACAGGAUGUGGCUUUUAUGGGAAUCCUAGGACAAAUGGAAUGUGUUCUGUUUGCUACAAAGAGCAUCUUCAGAGACAGCAGAAUAGUGGCAGAAUGAGCCCAAUGGGGACAGCUAGUGGUUCCAACAGUCCUACCUCAGAUUCUGCAUCUGUACAAAGAGCAGACGCUAGCUUAAACAACUGUGAAAGUGCUGCUGGUAGCACAUCUGAAAAAUCAAGAAAUGUGCCUGUGGCUGCCUUGCCUGUAACUCAGCAAAUGACAGAAAUGAGCAUUUCAAGAGAGGACAAAAUAACUACCCCGAAAACAGAGGUGUCAGAGCCAGUUGUCACUCAGCCCAGUCCAUCAGUUUCUCAGCCCAGUACUUCUCAAACUGAAGAAAAAGCUCCUGAGUUACCCAAACCAAAGAAGAACAGAUGUUUCAUGUGUAGAAAGAAAGUUGGCCUUACAGGGUUUGACUGCCGAUGUGGGAAUUUGUUUUGUGGACUUCACCGUUAUUCUGACAAGCACAACUGUCCUUAUGAUUAUAAAGCAGAAGCUGCAGCAAAAAUCAGGAAAGAGAAUCCAGUUGUUGUGGCUGAAAAAAUCCAGAGAAUAUAAAUUACUACUUGUGAAGAGACUGAAACUUUGUUUUUAUUUUAAUAUAUCGUAGGAAAACAUUAAAGAGCAGAUGCAUGGCCAUUUUUCUUUGAUGUUCUCCAGAGUUUUACUUUACACUUGUCUGUCUUAUAAUUAAUAUUUUAGGAUGUUUGGGUGUUUGUUGCAGGCAGAAUUGGAUAGAUACAGCCCUACAAAAUGUGUAUGCCCUCCCUUGAAUAGAAUUGGAUGAAAA